GCGGGCUCACCUCACGGCUUCGUCUCCUUGGAGUCCUGGCUUCUCUGGGACGGCGGCGGACGCGGGUGUGAACAAUGUCGAGUCCCCGGGGACUGCUAUGGCUGCCUCUGUUCUUUACUCCGGUCUGCAUCAUGCUAAAUUCCAACGUCCUCCUGUGGAUAACUGCCCUGGCCAUCAAGUUCACCCUCAUUGACAGCCAAGCCCAGUAUCCAGUUGUCAACACCAACUACGGCAAAAUACGGGGCCUGAGAACACCCUUGCCCAAUGAGAUUUUGGGUCCAGUGGAGCAAUACUUGGGGGUCCCCUAUGCCUCACCUCCCACUGGAGAGAGGCGGUUUCAGCCCCCGGAACCCCCUUCCUCGUGGACUGGGGUACGCAAUGCGACUCAGUUUGCUGCUGUCUGCCCCCAACAUCUAGAUGAGAGGUCUUUACUGCACGACAUGCUGCCCAUCUGGUUCACUGCCAAUUUGGAUACUCUGAUGACCUACGUUCAAGAUCAAAACGAAGACUGCCUUUACCUAAACAUCUACGUGCCCACGGAAGAUGAUAUCCAUGAUCAGAACAGCAAGAAGCCAGUGAUGGUCUAUAUCCAUGGUGGAUCUUACAUGGAAGGCACAGGCAACAUGAUUGACGGGAGCAUUUUGGCGAGCUAUGGGAACGUCAUCGUGAUCACCAUUAACUACCGUCUGGGUAUCUUAGGGUUCUUAAGCACCGGCGACCAGGCAGCGAAAGGCAACUACGGGCUUCUGGACCAGAUCCAAGCCCUGCGGUGGAUCGAGGAGAAUGUCGGAGCCUUUGGCGGGGACCCCAAGAGAGUGACCAUCUUUGGCUCCGGGGCUGGGGCCUCCUGUGUCAGCCUGUUGACCUUAUCGCACUACUCAGAAGGUCUGUUCCAAAAGGCCAUAAUCCAGAGCGGCACGGCCUUGUCCAGCUGGGCGGUGAACUACCAGCCUGCCAAGUACACUCGGAUAUUGGCAGACAAAGUGGGCUGCAACAUGCUGGACACCACCGACAUGGUGGAAUGCCUGCGGAACAAGAACUACAAGGAGCUCAUUCAGCAGACCAUCACCCCGGCCACGUACCACAUAGCCUUCGGCCCCGUCAUCGACGGCGAUGUCAUCCCCGACGACCCGCAGAUCCUCAUGGAGCAGGGCGAGUUCCUCAACUACGACAUCAUGCUCGGCGUCAACCAAGGGGAGGGCUUGAAGUUCGUGGACGGCAUCGUGGACAAUGAAGACGGCGUGACGCCCAACGACUUUGACUUCUCCGUGUCCAACUUUGUGGACAACCUGUACGGCUAUCCCGAAGGCAAGGACACCUUGAGGGAGACCAUCAAGUUCAUGUACACAGACUGGGCGGACAAGGAGAACCCCGAGACGCGGCGGAAAACCCUGGUGGCUCUCUUUACAGACCACCAGUGGGUGGCCCCCGCGGUGGCCACCGCGGACCUGCACGCGCAGUACGGCUCGCCCACCUAUUUCUACGCCUUCUACCAUCACUGCCAGAGUGAAAUGAAGCCCAGCUGGGCAGACUCAGCCCACGGGGACGAAGUGCCCUAUGUUUUCGGCAUCCCCAUGAUUGGGCCCACAGAGCUCUUCAGCUGUAACUUCUCCAAGAACGACGUGAUGCUCAGCGCUGUGGUCAUGACCUACUGGACCAACUUCGCCAAAACUGGGGACCCUAAUCAACCAGUGCCUCAGGACACCAAGUUCAUUCAUACGAAACCCAACCGCUUUGAGGAAGUGGCCUGGUCCAAGUACAACCCCAAGGACCAGCUGUACCUGCACAUCGGCCUCAAGCCCAGAGUGAGAGACCACUACCGAGCCACCAAGGUGGCUUUCUGGCUGGAACUCGUCCCGCAUCUGCACAACUUGAACGAGAUAUUCCAGUACGUGUCCACGACCACAAAGGUUCCUCCGCCGGACAUGACGUCGUUCCCCUACGGCACACGGCGAUCCCCCGCCAAGAUCUGGCCGACCACCAAGCGCCCCGCCAUCACUCCUGCCAACAACCCCAAGCACUCCAAGGACCCUCACAAAACGGGGCCCGAGGACACGACGGUCCUCAUCGAAACCAAGCGGGAUUACUCCACCGAACUGAGCGUCACCAUCGCCGUGGGGGCGUCUCUCCUCUUCCUCAACAUCUUGGCCUUCGCCGCGCUGUACUACAAGAAGGACAAGCGACGCCACGAGACGCACCGGCGCCCCAGCCCGCAGAGGAACACCACGAACGACAUCGCCCACAUCCAGAACGAGGAGAUCAUGUCUCUGCAGAUGAAGCAGCUGGAGCACGAUCACGAGUGCGAGUCGCUGCAGGCCCACGACACGCUGAGGCUCACCUGCCCCCCGGACUACACCCUCACGCUGCGCCGCUCCCCGGACGACAUCCCGCUCAUGACGCCCAACACCAUCACCAUGAUUCCCAACACUCUGACGGGGAUGCAGCCGCUGCACACCUUCAACACCUUCAGUGCGGGGCAGAACAGCACGAAUUUACCGCACGGACAUUCCACCACUCGAGUAUAGCU